UAAUGAGAGGAAGUCAAAGCUUAUGCCAAGAAUUGAUGGACCUUUUGAGAUCACAAAGAAGAUCAGCAACAAUGCCUACAAGAUUGAUCUCCAAGAUGAACCUGAUUUGAGGUCAAAUCCUUUUCAAGAGGGAGGGGAUGAUAUGAUCAUGGACCAGCCAGCUGAUGGAGAUAGAGAUGGCGAGUUUAGAGAUGAACCAGCUAAAGAAGAUGAGGUCUUAUCCAUUCUUAAAGGUCCCAUGACUCGAGCCAGAGCUAGGAAACUCAAAGAAGCUAUUGGAGGACUAAUCAGGAAGUCCUUGGAGCAAGAAGAAUGUCUUGGAGGAAGCUUGAUACUUCAAGAUACGCUUAUCACCAUUCAAGCCAUCUUACCAUCAAGUUGAGUAUCAUCUAGGCUAGCAAGCUAUGUGUGCUCUUUUCCUAUCAUUGUUUUUGUCCCAUUGGGUUUUGCAAUGA